CCCAGCCGUCCUCCUCGGCGGUGCCCUGCCAGCGAACCAGCUCCUCCGCCAUCUAUAUGAACCUCGCCUCCCACAUCCAGCCCGUGGCGGUGAACAGGGUGGCGUCCCCGCUGCCCAGCCCCAGCGCCAUGAACGAGGCUGCCAAUUCCCAGGCCGCCGCCAAGCUUGCCCUGCGCAAGCAGCUGGAAAAGACUCUCUUGGAGAUCCCUCCCCCCAAGCCCCCCGCCCCCUUGCUCCACUUCCUGCCCAGCGCGGCCAACAGCGAGUUCAUCUACAUGGUGGGACUAGAAGAAGUGGUCCAGAGCGUGAUUGACAGCCAAGGCAAAGGCUGCUCCUCCCUCCUCCGAGUGGAGCCCUUCAUCUGCGCGCAGUGCCGCACGGAUUUCACCCCCCACUGGAAGCAGGAGAAGAACGGCAAAAUCCUGUGCGAGCAGUGCAUGACCUCCAACCAGAAGAAGGCGCUCAAGGCCGAGCACACCAACCGGCUGAAGAAUGCCUUCGUCAAAGCCUUGCAGCAGGAACAGGAGAUCGAGCAGCGGCUGCAGCAGCAGGCCACCCUCUCGCCCACCACGGCUCCGGCCAGCGUGGCCAGUGUCAGCAAGCAGGAGAGCAUCAUGAGGCAUCACACACUCCGACAGGUGAGGCCCUUUGCCCAGCGUGGUUCUGCCGCCCUCUGCCUGCCGCCAGUUCCCUGGCCCAGAUGCUCCUUCAGUUCGAAAUGGUGUUCGGCUUAA